CUUCCGGGCCCUUCGUCCCGCCUCCCGCAGCUCCAGUGUUGCGUCACUUCCGCCAGCGCCCGGUGGCGCGCUGGGAGUUCGGGUCUCUCGAACGCGCCGGGAGCAUCGCCAGAGUCGGGAGCGCGCCCGCGGAUGACAACAAAUUCGUCGCGCGGCGGCGGUGGAGGUGUCUGCCUGCGCCCCUCUCUCGGGCCCCGCCUCGGCCCCUCGCACUGUCUCGCACCCCGCCUCUGUGCGGACUAGGAUCCCCCCCGUAAUCACCCGGGCCUGGGACGACAGGGACUCCUCCGCCCCUCGUCUCCGCCGGGCCUAGAGCCAGCGGCGCGAUCUAGGAGAUGGGGUCGCCCUGAGGGACGGCUGGUGCCGAGCGGGCAUGGAGGGGCCGCCCCGGGCUUAGGCCCCGCCACCGCCGGGGGACGCCGGCCGGGAUCCGAGGCCAGAGCCGCGCCACCCGCAGCCGCCGCCGGCCCACCUGCCAACCGUCAUCAUGCCUUGGCCGUUUUCAGAGUCCAUCAAGAAGAGGGCCUGUCGUUACCUCCUGCAGAGGUACCUGGGCCACUUCCUGCAGGAGAAGCUGAGCCUGGAGCAGCUCAGCCUGGACCUGUACCAGGGCACCGGGUCCCUCGCCCAGGUCCCCUUGGACAAAUGGUGUCUCAAUGAGAUCCUGGAGUCAGCAGAUGCGCCUUUGGAAGUCACGGAAGGAUUCAUACAGUCGAUUUCUCUGUCGGUCCCGUGGGGCUCCUUGCUACAGGAUAACUGUGCGCUGGAGGUGAAAGGGCUGGAGAUGGUCUUCCGGCCCAGACCUCGCCUAGCAACUGGUUCUGAGCCUAUGUAUUGGUCGAGCUUCAUGACCAGCAGUAUGCAGUUGGCGAAAGAGUGUCUAAGCCAGAAACUCACAGAUGAACAAGGAGAAGGAUCCCAGCCUUUCGAAGGACUUGAAAAGUUUGCCGAAACCAUUGAAACAGUGCUAAGAAGAGUAAAAGUCACUUUUUUAGACACCGUCUUGAGAAUUGAACACGUGCCAGAAAAUUCCAAAACUGGAACUGCACUUGAAAUACGAAUAGAAAGAACUGUGUACUGUGACGAAACCGCAGACGAGUCUUCAGGAAUCAACGUGCACCAGCCCACGGCUUUCGCUCACAAGCUGCUUCAGCUCUCUGGAGUCUCUCUCUUCUGGGAUGAGUUUUCUGCCUCUGCAAAGUCUUCCCCAGUGUGUUCAACUGCACCAGUGGAAACUGAGCCAAAGCUGUCCCCCAGCUGGAACCCUAAAAUUGUCUAUGAGCCACACCCACAGCUGACCAGAAGUUUGCCGGAGGUAGCGCCCUCUGACCCCGUGCAGAUCGGAGGGCUAAUGGGUAGGCUGGAGUUGACUCUCAUGCUGAAACAGAACGAAGUACUUCCGGGAGCUAAGUUGGACAUCGACGGACAGAUAGACUCCGUUCACCUGUUCCUGUCUCCGAGGCAGGUGCACCUGCUUCUGGAUCUGUUAGCAGCCAUUGCUGGGCCGGAAAACUCUAGCAAAAUAGGUUUAGCUAAUAAAGACAGAAGAAACCGACCCAUGCAGCAGGAAGAGGAGUGUCGCAUUCAGAUGGAGUUAAACCGCUACUAUUUGCGGAGAGGUUCCCUGUCUGUGGGCGUGUCUUCAGAGCAAAGCUUUUACGAGGCAGAAACAGCUCGCACACCUUCUAGCCGUGAAGAAGAAGUCUUCUUCUCCAUGGCCGAGAUGGACAUGUCCCACAGCCUCUCUUCUCUGCCGCCCCUGGGGGAGCCCCCGAACAUGGACCUGGAGUUGUCACUAACCAGCACAUACACAAAUACCCCUGCAGGAUCGCCAUUAAGUGCUACUGUGCUGCAGCCAACCUGGGGAGACUUCCUGGACCGCCACAAGGAGGCGCCGGCGAGAGGCCCGGCGUUGCCGGCCAAUGCAGCGCACCCGUCGUCCCUGCAGCAGGCUCCGCUCCCGUCCAGAUCUGUCUCCGUGGACGAGUCCAGGCCGGAGCUUAUUUUCAGACUAGCUGUGGGGACGCUCUCAGCCUCCGUGCUGCACAUCGACCCCUUGUCUCCGCCUGAAACGUCUCCGAACCUGAACCCGCUGGCGCCCCUGGCAGUGGCGUUCUUUUCCUGUAUAGAGAAGCUCGAUCCAGCGAGGUUUUCAACGGAGGAUUUCACGUCUUUCCGAACAGUGUUUGCAGAAGCUUGCUCACACGAUCACCUUAGAUUUAUAGGUACUGGCAUCAAAGUGUCCUAUGAACAAAGACAAAGGUCAGCGUCCAGGCACUUUAGCACCGACAUGUCCAUCGGGCGCAUGGAGCUGUUGGAGUGCCUAUUCCCCACGGACUGCCACUCUCCUCCUCACUACACGGAGCUUUUGAUGUUCCAUUCCGAAGAACACUCUGACUCCCACUCCCCCGUGUGUCUUCAGCUGCACUACAAGCAUUCUGAGAGCAGAGGGCCCCAGAGUAAUCAGGCAAGACUUAGUUCUGUUCCUCAGAAGGCGGAAUUGCAAAUUAAACUAAGUCCAGUGUUUUGUGAGCUGGACAUCAGUAUUGUGGACAGGUUAAACUCCUUGCUGCAACCACAGAAACUUACUACAGUAGAGAUGAUGGCAUCUCACAUGUACGCUUCAUAUAACAAGCAUAUUAGUCUGCACAAGGCUUUCACGGAGGUCUUCCUCGACGACUCGCACAGCCCCACGAACUGCCGGGUGUCCGUCCAGGUCGCCACGCCUGCGCUGAGCCUGUCCGUCCGCUUCCCAAUACCGGACCUUCGAGCAGAUCAGGAAAGAGGCCCGUGGUUUAAGAAGUCGCUUCAGAAGGAGAUUCUUCAUUUAGCAUUUACAGAUCUAGAAUUUAAGACCGAAUUCAUCGGAGGGUCCACCCCAGAACAAAUGAAACUGGAACUCACAUUCAGAGAACUAGCCGGGUCAUUCCAGGAAGAGAAAGGAGAGCCCUCUGUCAAGUUUGCCCACGUGUCCAGUGGGGCGGACGGAGACACAGCCUCAUCAGACGACUUCGACUGGCCCCGGAUUGUGCUAAAAGUGAACCCGCCAGCCAUGCAUUCCAUUCUGGAGAGAGUCGCAGCCGAGGAGGAGGAGGAGAGCGACGGCCACUACCAGGAUGAGGAGGAAGGAGGCGCUCACUCCCUGAAGGACGUGUGCGACCUCCGGAGGCCUGCGCCCUCUCCCUUCUCUUCUCGAAGGGUCAUGUUUGAGAACGAACAGAUGGUGAUGCCAGGAGACCCUGUGGAAAUGACGGAGUUCCAGGACAAAGCCAUCAGCAAUUCUCACUACGUGUUGGAGCUCACGCUGCCUGAUGUCCACGUAACGCUGCCGAACAAAAGCUUUUAUGAGAAGCUUUAUAACAGGAUCUUCAAUGACCUGUUACUGUGGGAACCAACAGCUCCUUCACCAGUGGAGACUUUUGAAAAUAUUUCCUAUGGUGUCGGGCUCUCAGUGGCCAGUCAGCUGAUCAAUACCUUCAACAAAGACAGCUUUAGUCCAUUUAAAUCUACAGUUCACUAUGACGAGGAGAGCGGGUCUGAGGAGGAGACGCUGCAGUACUUCUCCACUCUGGAUCCCAACUAUCGAUCCCGCAGGAAAAAAAAACUCGACUCUCAGAACAAACACUCGCAGAGUCUCCUCUCAGUCCUUCUGAGCAUUAAUCACGGAUUAGUGGCAGUGUUUACGGACGUCAAGCAAGACAAUGGAGACCUGUUGGAAGACAAGCACGGCGAAUUCUGGUUGGAGUUCAACAGCGGGUCGUUGUUUUGUGUGACGAAGUACGAAGGCUUCGACGACAAGCACUACAUCUGCCUUCACUCCAGCAGCUUCAGCCUGUACCACAAAGGCAUGGUGGACGGAGUGGUUCUUCCCACGGAAGCGCGCCUGCCCGGACCCACCCGCCCGCACUGGCUGGAGCCUACUAUUUAUGCCUCCGAAGAAAAUGGUCUCAGUAGAGCUUCUUCAGACGGCGCUGGAGGAGACACUGCGAACAUGCUGUCUGUCGCCGUGAAAAUACUGUCUGACAAAUCCGAGUCCAAUACGAAGGAGUUCCUCGUGGCCGUGGGGCUGAGAGGCGCCACCCUGCAGCACCGGGUGCUCCCUUCUGGGCUGAGCUGGCACGAGCAGAUUUUAUACUUCUUGAAUAUUGCUGAUGAACCCGUUCUAGGAUAUAACCCUCCGACUUCAUUUACAACUUUCCACGUUCAUCUCUGGAGCUGCGCGCUUGAUUACAGGCCUCUCUACCUGCCCAUCCGGUCCCUCCUCACCGUGGAGACAUUCAGCGUUUCAAGCAGUGUGGCCUUGGACAGGGCGUCCUCCACUCUCAGGAUAAUCUUGGAUGAAGCUGCGUUGCAUCUGUCUGACAAGUGUAAUACCGUCACUGUUAAUUUGAAUAGAGACUAUGUCCGGGUGAUGGACAUGGGGCUCCUGGAAUUAACCAUAACUGCAGUGAAGUCUGACUGUGGCGGAGAGCAGACGGACUCGCGCUUCGAGCUGCACUGUUCCAGCGACGUGGUCCACGUCAGAACCUGCUCCGACUCCUGCGCCGCGCUCAUGAACCUCAUUCAGUACAUGGCCAGCUACGGGGACCUGCACGCGGCCCACAGGGUGGAGGUGAAGCCGGGAGCCCCACAGAGAAAGCCCACGGUAGACCCCGGUGGCCCGCCGCCUUCCCGGGGCCCGGUGCUCCCUGAGGCCGACCAGCAGAUGCUGCGAGACUUGAUGAGCGACGCGAUGGAGGAGGCUGAUGCGCACCAGGCCAGCCACGCCACCGCGAAGCCGCAGCCCAACGGAGUUCUGGACGAGAAGUCGCACACUCAGGAGCCGUGCUGUUCCGACCUCUUCCUGUUCCCGGACGAGAGUGGGAACGCGUCCCAGGAGCCCGGCCCCACAUACGCCUCGUUCACCCACCGCUUGAUCAGUGACGCCAUGACAGGUGUGCCCGCCGAAAGUGACGACUUCUGCAUUCUCUUUGCACCGAGAGCAGCCAUUCAGGAGAAGGAGGAGGAGCCCGAGGUGAAAAUAAUGGUGGAUGACACCAUUGUGAUAAGAGAUAAUUACUUCAGCCUGCCCGUCAAGAAGACGGACACGGGCAGGGCCCCCGUGCGCUUCCCCCCGCCCGUGGUUCGCUACGUCGUUAAAGAGGUCUCCCUUGUUUGGCAUCUCUAUGGGGGGAAGGACUUUGGAACUGCCCCUCCUACUUCUCCCGCUAAAAGUUACAUCAGCCCCCACAGCUCCCCCUCGCACACACCCACAAGACAUGGACGCAAUACGGCGUGUGGGGGAAAAGGAAGAAACCAUGACUUUUUGAUGGAAAUACAGUUAAGCAAGGUGAAGUUCCAGCAUGAGGUCUACCCGCCCUGCAGGCCGGAGGGCGGCCCCAGCCUGCCGGAGCACCCGGUCUCCCGCCAGGUGUUCAUCGUGCAGGACCUGGAGAUCCGGGACCGCCUGGCCGCCUCGCAGAUGAAUAAGUUCCUGUACCUGUACUGCAGUAAGGAAAUGCCUCGGAAAGCUCAUUCCAAUAUGCUGACGGUGAAGGCGUUGCACGUGCGCCCGGAGUCGGGCCGCUCGCCGCAGGAAUGCUGUCUGAGGGUGUCGCUCAUGCCGCUGCGCCUCAACAUCGACCAGGACGCCUUGUUCUUCCUGAAGGAUUUCUUCACGAGUCUGUCUACAGAAGUAGAACUGCUGAUGGCCCCCGAUCCGGAAGUUAAGAAGUCUCCCGGAUCCGAUGUCACCUGCAGUGUGCCGAGGCGCUUAAGUGCCUCAAAGGAGCCAAGCCUGGUCCUGUCUUUCCCUGGGCCAAAGCAGCCUGCCCGGAGUGAGGGCGCCGGCUCCGAGGAAGUGGCCAACGGGGAGGGAGACAAGGACUUCGCGGCCGAAGAAGUGUCGUUUAGUGACCAGCCUGUGUUUUUUAGAGAAUUUAGAUUCACAUCAGAAGUUCCUAUUCGACUCGAUUACCACGGCAAACAUGUAUCGAUGGAUCAGGGCACCUUCGCUGGCAUUUUGAUAGGUCUGGCCCAGUUAAACUGCUCGGAGCUGAAGCUGAAGAGGCUCUUCUACCGGCACGGUUUGCUAGGCGUUGACAAGUUACUCUCCUACGCGAUCACCGAGUGGCUGACCGACAUUAAGAAGAACCAGCUGCCGGGGAUCCUGGGCGGCGUGGGGCCCAUGCACUCACUGGUGCAGUUAGUGCAAGGCCUGAAGGACCUGGUCUGGCUGCCCAUAGAGCAGUACCGGAAGGACGGCCGCAUCGUCAGAGGCUUCCAGAGAGGCGCUGCCUCCUUCGGCACCUGCACAGCCAUGGCCGCCCUGGAGCUCACCAACAGGAUGGUUCAGACCAUACAGGCGGCGGCAGAGACUGCUUAUGACAUGGUGUCUCCCGGCACUCUUUCCAUCGAGCCCAAGAAGCCCAGAAGGUUCCCGCAUCACCGCCUAGCCCACCAGCCGGUAGACCUGCGGGAAGGGGUGGCCAAGGCCUACAGCGUCGUGAAAGAGGGCAUCGCUGACACAGCUCAUACCAUUUACGAGACUGCGGCCCGCGAGCACGAGAGCAGAGGGGUCACGGGCGCCGUGGGCGAGGUCCUGCGCCAGAUCCCGCCAGCGGUAGUGAAACCUCUGAUCGUCGCCACGGAGGCAACGUCCAAUGUGUUGGGAGGCAUGAGGAACCAGAUGAGACCAGAUGUCCGGCAAGACGAGUCCCAGAAGUGGCGGCACGGGGAGGACUGACGCUUCAGAGGUGACUCUUCCAACGACGACGAGGGUGAUGACGAGGGUGGAGCUGAGGUUCGGAGCGUCCCAUCGUCCCAUCGGCAGCUGUAGAGGGAACCCAGGUAAUUUCAUUGUGCUCAUCUCAGGAACAAAAGCAUAUCUUAGUUAAGUAAUUUAACAUCCCCCAAACGCGCAACCAGAACUGCUGCCACUCUAGGGCUGGUUUGGGACUUGCCUGUACAAGUGUCUGGUGGCUGGUGUCAAAAGUCCUUAAAGCAUUGCUGCCAAGGUAGAGGAGUGCUUGCCUUUGUCAAGGUGACUCGGAUUCCCCAGGCUGCGGGCUCGGCCCUCGGAGACCCUGUUGCAGGCACCGCGGCUCGGAAGUGGUUGGGCCCUGGGAACCCGCUGCUCCGGGAGGCGAUUUUCCUCCGGGUUUGAAAAGGAUCCCAGCUUCCCAGCUUUCACGGAGAAUGAGAGACAGGGCCACGGGCAGAGCCAAGCAAAUAGGAUUUUCCGAGCGAACGCCAGUGAGGAGCCACUCACCGCGCCUGCCGGGUUUCGGGUCCCUGCCCUGGGAACACAUCACGCCCACACGCCCGCAGGAGCGGGCGUGUCCCCGAGUGUCCUGUCGCGCUGCACUUUAUCCUGUGUGUGUGUUUCUGGGUCCGUGCGAGUCACGUGCUGUCCGUCUGCUUUCCGUGAUUUUACAAAGAUGCACAAGAUACAGAAAGAAUCAGCCUGGAAGUUUUGGCAAAGGAGGGUAACGCAAGUGUAAUAAUCCUCGUGUAUCUGGAGCGUGAAUGAAAAUGUGCACCCGUAUGAGCUGGGCCACGUAGUUGUUUAAACGUUCACUUAGGCCAUCGUAGUGCUGUGGGCAGUGUGUGGAAGGGGAGAGUGGAAGUGUGUUUACGCUUUUAAAUUAACCAAAAAUCCUCCAAAUUUGCCCUAGUCAGUCAUUUCGAAGUACCAUUUUUACCUGGUUAACAAUGUACAUUUUGAUAACGUGUCAGGAAUGAAUAAAGUAUUUUUAUUUAAAGGUGAAAUUGUUUUAUGCCUCCACGGAUGUUUUGCUUUCUUAGAGCACAUUCGUAGGUGCAGUACUCUGAUUUAUCCCAAGGUACUUGCGAACGCUCUCUCAGAGUCGAUUCUGGUGAACAGCGAGCCGGUCACGGCCCAGGACGGGGAGGGGAAGUGCUCUCACCUGGGUCUCCCAGGGGAAGGGGGCGGGACUCUGUGUGCCCGCUGCUGACCCGUGUGUGGCGAGAGCUCUCAUUUUCCCCAGUGGGGGUCUCGUCAAGGUCAGUUUAGAUUUCAGGACCACAUUUCAGUGCAGGGGUUUGGAAAAUAACAUCGCAUCACUUUCAUUCUCUGAGUUUUAUCAACAAGAAAGCAGUGUAAACCAAAAAUCUGAACAUGUAAAAUCUAUGAAAACUGUGCUUGAUAACGUUCAUUUUUAUUUUGUUUCCUUCUUACUGCUGAGCAACCGGAAAGGGCAGUGCUCAGAGGAUUGCCGUGUCUGAGUGGCCCGGGUCCCUUGCCGCCCUGCCCCCGUCCCGCGGUGUCCAUGUGCAGACGCGGUCUGAGGGGGCGGGGCAUGCAGGUACCACCUGCGUGGGCGCCUCCGACAGCCUGGCCUUCACCCUGACGGGCUCCGUCCCCUCACAACGGAGCACCCACUCAUGUUAUCUGUGAUGAGGAGUCACACUGGAAAACACUGGAUCACACUCAGAAACAGAAAACCUCUUUACCUUUUAAAUAUGCUCCCCACACUCCCACUCACUACGCGAGUUCAGUGAGCUGCAGGAUACGGAGAAAUAAUCUUGGUCCCGUGAGCUGCAGGCGGGCCGUCCUUUGAUGAACUGGGCUCACGUGUUUCCUCUAAACCCACCUUUGUGACGAGGUGCCCACGUCUGCCCUGCCCCGCCCUCCCGCCCUCCCGCGCCAGCUGCUGACGGACCUGGGUGUGGGAGCGGAAGCCUGUGUCCCGGACUCAGCACUGAGGGCCCGGCGUGGCCGACGUGCUCUUCACUGGAGGGGUUUCUGUGUCCUGUGCCUGGGUGCUUCUGCUUUGUUACUCAACCUCAAUUGUUUCCUUCUUUAAAAGUGUGGGGUCAGACUGUUACCUUGUGAUGACACCGUAAAAACAGUGCUAGGCCGGAUCCCCCGGUGGCCAGAUCUGUGACUCGCCAAGCGACGGCUUGGCCAAGACUUUUUUUUGAUCUCUCUAAAACUUGGUGUCCCUUCUCCAUGAACAAAGGGGUUUCUGACAGCAAAGCCCAACAAAGAUUUUCGGAUGAAGAGGGUGUGCGUGUGCGUGUGCGCGCAUGUGUGUGUAAAUGGUGGUGUGGACAGGAUGCUCAGUAGAGUGCCCCAGGCCCACGACACUGCAGACGGCCUGCAUUGUCCCACGAGAGCACUGCGCACGUCACGCAGAGUAGCUGGGGUUCCUUCAGGGCUCAGGCCACUUAGGGUGUGGCAUUCUGCGCAGCCGCGGCGCCCGUGAGGCGCACUUCUGGUGUGACGCUUCUGAACGGAACAGGCCGCGUGUGUCUGCGGCUGCGCUGAGUCCGUGCAGGGCUGUCCCCAAGGGCUGCAGGUAAGCGAGCCUGACCCAGAGCCGCAGCGAGGCUCAGAACCCCACGGUGUCGCUGCACCACGGGGAGACCACCUCCGUCACGGGCAGCCGAGCCUGUGGCCGUGUCUCCUCCUAACAGGACCAGGGCGGAUCCCCGUGUCCCUCCUGUCCGUCCCCAGGUUGCUGUUAUUUAUGUGUAGAAUGUCCACUCAGCUUCUGCCCUUCAAGGUAGACAGGGCCCAGCGGUUCUGCCCAUCACUGCAGUGGACUUUCACUUUAUUAGAACUUGGUUCCCAUUGGGAUUCCCAUUUGAGCACAUUUAACAUCAACAUUUUUACAAUACAAAAGUUGCUUUAAGAAAAGAAAAUCAUCUGGCUGGUGUGGCUCAGUGGAUUGAGCGUGAACCUGUGAACCAAAGGGUUGUGGGUUCGAUUCCCAGUCAGGCACAUGCCCAGGUUGUGGGCCAGGUCCCCAGUAGGGGGCGCACCAGAGGCAGCCACCUAUUGAUUGUUUCUCUCCCUCUUCCUCCUUUCCCCUCUCUCUAAAAAUAAAUAAAUAAAAUCUUCAAAAAAAAAGAAAAGUCCAAGUAGCAGUGUGUCUACAAUGGAUAAAAACCAAUGUUUUAUCCCUCCUGCUGCGUGUCAGUUUCAAAUGCUAUUAAAAUGUGACCCGGCUGGCGUGGCUGGUGUGGCUCAGUGGACUGAGCACCAGCCUGUAAACUGAGAGGUCGCUGGUUCGAUUCCCAGUCAGGGCACAGGCCUGGGCUGCAGACCAAGUCCCAGUUAGGGGCACAUGAGAGGCAACCAAUUGAUGUAUCUCUCAAACAUCUGGGUUUCUCUGCCCCUCUCCCUCCCCCUCUCUCUAAAAAUCAAUAAAUGUAAAAAAAUAAAAUAGUUCCAGCUUUUAAGGGAACGGCUCUUCAACUGUCUCUGUGAACAAGGGUGUGCUGCCUUUGCUCAGUCCCGGAACAGUCGACAGCCCUGCUCGUCCAGGGGCUGCUCGUGCAGAGGCGGGCGCCUGCCCCGUGCUCGCUCCCCUGGGUCCCCGCACGGCAUGUGCCCCGCACGGCGGGGAGAGAGUGGGCAGUGUUGAAGUUAAGCUCUUUGAAUGGACACUUGCUCCAGGUGGUUUCAGGGUUAACAGUGAAUUGUCAGCAUCAGUUUCGAUGUUGUGGGUGUACAAAGCUGGGCCCAAGUGGAGUCGUUUAGUCUGUGUCCAUUUCGUGCGCCUGCGUUGGGCGUGGCUCCUCUGAAUUCUGGGGAGUGUGGCAAGGCUCACGCGCUAAGCUGAGCGAUCUUAUUCCCCCUCUUCCUCUUGACCCACAUAAGGCAUUGGAGAGAAUGUCUAUGAAGUUGAAAUUUCUUGAAAGUAAAGCACUAAGCAAACACCAGGUGAUGCUCUUGUAUCUGCAAGGACAUCAACUUGGAUGCACCAAUUGCUAUCGAUGGGAUAAAUCCCAUACGCUUUUGUGAGUCUUACAUUGAAAAGGAAGGUUAUGUGUAUAGUGUAUAGAUAAUGAAGGCAAAAAAAAGAGAUUUCUGUUGCCAAAAAAUCUUACUUCUGUCUACUGGAAGAUAGUUGUUUCGUGGAAGAAUAACUGAGUGCUUCAAUGCCAAUGUAUGUUUGUCCCCGUGUUUUCAGGGUCCUGCACUGUGACCCUGUCAUAGAUUUUAUGUGCACAGUUGCGAGUCAGCCAGUUUGAACCACACGUGUUUUCCUUUCAUUGUACUUUCUGCAAAUCACAGGUGGAAAAUGCAGCCUAACGCACCACCAUGACAGGCUUCUCUUGGGAUGAGAAAUUUGAGGGAGCUUCCGUAGUUCAUAAGUUUCAGCAAUCUUUAAGAACAUAGGUGUUGGGUGCUUUCACCUCGCAUCAUGGCUGCUGGCCCCUCGGUCUCAAGUAUGUUGCUUGCAGGAAGUGCCAGAGGUUUCAGGAGGCUGCGAACCUGCUGGAGUCCCACCCAGUGACCCCUCUGAUGCCCUGGGUGGUGGGCAUAACUUCUCUGUAAAACCUGCGUUCACUUCACUGUCUCACAUGUCACUUGUGUCUCUGAAGUGGCAGCUUCCAAUUGCCAGUUCAUUUGUCUUACAUUGUGAAACUUGCCGGUCACGUGGGGCUUUUCACUGCGGGUUUGCUGGGGCGCCAUGUUCAGCCCUGACCUGAACCCGUCCCGACUUGCAGUAGUCGUCACCUCGAUCCCAUGGCGAGUAGAGAACAGACACUGUGUGUGUUGCCCACCGCCGCUGCUGCGCCUCCUAAUAAGGUAAUUACAGAUGUGACUACUUGUAGAAUACUGAUGCUGUACACGUAUUUUUGUGGAAAUGUAAAUCGUGACUAUUUAAAAUAUGAA